CUUCGUGAUUCUCGCCAUGUGUUUACUCUAAACAGACGUUCUGUGCACCAGCUAGCUGGACACCUCGAAGCAGCUUUGGCUCGCCGGCACUUUCUGACUACGCUGCCGGGCGAAAAAGAUUCCCGCCAUCUGUCUGUAGUUUCUUCGACUAACCGCUCCGUGAAUGAGGGUAUAACAGACUCACUUCUUAAUAUGCGACAUAAUAAAGACCCACAGAAUUUAACUCAAGAAAUGAAGUGCGAGAACAUUCCCGUGGAAUCGGCUCCUAGUCCAUCAGCAUAUCUGAAUCAGGCUCGCUUCCUGAUUAGUCAGUUCCGCUCACAGCGUAGUCUUCCUCCUGUAAAGCUAUCCAUCUCCACUGACAACAAUUCCCAUGGCAAUACUCCUGAUGCUUUAUCUGCCCACUCUGGCUGCAUUGACGGUGGCACCGCAUGCAGUAGUCCUCUGGGUCAAUCAUCCGACAGGAGUGUCCAUAUCGCUCCAUCUUCACGUCUAAGUUUACCACUGACAGGUGCCUACAUUUUCGACUUACUUGUCACCAAACGAUUAACACCUACUCGGUUGGUAGAGAUCGGUGAUUGUUUGACUGACUUUCAAGCUCUGCUUCUCUGUCCCAGUUUGGUUUCGCAGUCUCUACCUCGUUCUAGGUUGCAUCGAACAGAGGAAACCAAUGAAUAG